AUGAUUCGUCCUUCAGACCACAACAAGGCCCGCAUCAUAACCGUGAUUGCAUGUACCAUCACUGCGUUGGCUUGCGGCUCCAACUAUGGCUACUCCAUUUGGGGUCCUAGUUUCGCCUCCCGCCUCAAGUUGACUGCCACGGACAGCAAUCUUAUCGGAACCGUAGGCAACCUUGGGAUGUAUGCGUUUGGCAUUCCUUCCGGUAUGAUGGUCGAUGCAAAAGGACCACGAUGGGGAAUCGCUUUGGGCAUUGUAUUGUUUGCUGCCGGUUACUAUCCCAUUGCCAAAGCAUACGACGCUGGCCCAGGACACUAUAGCGUGGCCUUGAUCUGUGUCUUCUCGUUCUUUACCGGCGCCGGAAGCUGUUCGGCCUUCACUGCAUCCAUCAAAGCUGCCGCCCUAAACUAUCCCGAAUCUCGAGGCACUGCAACAGCCUUCCCCCUCGCAGCUUUUGGGCUGAGUGCUUUGUUCUUCGCAGCUAUCGCUCAAUUACUUCCCGGCGGGACAUAUAACUUUCUCAUCCUUCUGGCUACGGGGACGGUUCUUAUGCCUUUAAUCUGCUUUCCUUUCAUGCGCGUCAUACUUCCUCACACCUACCAUCACCUCCCUCAGCACGAACAACAGGUUCUCCACCGAACCAGAUCGCCAGGAAGUCGUCAUUCCGAAGAACCAGGUGCGCCCCACAUACGAAACCCCAAGGCUCAGUCCUCAAUCCGCGGCGUCGAUCAGUCCCCUGACCACGAAGCCAUCAAUGGGAACGAGGAGUCUUCCUUGCUCUCCAGAACUUCCAGUCAAGAGCAAGACGCCGAAGACCUUGAAAGUUCAAAGCACCUCGAGUCUGACAGGAACCAUGAAUCUCCACAUUUAGACAUACGAGGCUUCGCUCUCUUACCCCAUGCCGAGUUUUGGCAGUUGUUUUUGAUGCUUGGUCUGCUGACGGGUAUCGGUCUCAUGACGAUCAACAACAUCGGCAACGAUGCUCAAGCGCUUUGGAAACACUACGACCCUUCCGUCUCGUCAUCCUUCAUCGAAAGCCGUCAAGCGAUGCAUGUCUCUAUUCUUUCCUUCUGCAGCUUCAGUGGCCGCCUCCUGUCAGGCAUCGGUUCCGAUAUUCUCGUGGCGAAACUUAACCGGUCUCGGUUUUGGUGCCUGUUUGCGUCCGCCCUGACGUUUUGUCUGGCACAAGUGGUCGCCACGGCCGUGGCAGACCCCCAUUAUCUCAUCUUAGUGUCAGGCUUCACGGGUCUGGCUUAUGGGAUGUUGUUUGGAGUGUACCCGAGCCUUGUCGCGCAUUGUUUCGGUGUGCAUGGCCUCUCGCAGAAUUGGGGGACCAUGACCCUCGCGCCUGUCAUCUCCGGCAACGUCUUCAAUAUCUUAUACGGCAAGAUCUACGACGCGCAUUCGGUCCGGAAUGAAGAAGAAGGACAUAUGGAGUGUCUUGUCGGGAAGGAAUGUUACAAAUCCGCGUACUGGGUGACGUUUGGUGCCUCGCUGCUUGGUGUGCUGUGCUGUUUGUGGAGCAUCUGGCACGAGAACGAGGUGCACAAAGCUAAAGGCAAAGAAGGAAAGGUAAGUAGGAGAUCGGACCAUGAAAGAGUGGCCUGA